AAAAGUUGCCAAUGAAGCAGUUCCCACGAAGUGUUUCGUUUCAUACCACUUAAAAUAUCGUGUUAAUAUGCUACAGUCGAAUUAAGUGAAAAUGCAGCAGAAAUCCGCAUUGGCAUUAAGAGAAAAAGUGAAUGCAACAAAGCCGCAGCACAUUAAAGGAUUCAUAAAUGAGUCGUUUGCAUUUUACGGGGGAUACAUGCACCAAGUGUAAAAUAUAUAUUUGGAUUUCUAUAAUUGGAAUGAGAUUCUCCAUCCAACGUAGUUAUAGGAAGUUAGAGUCUUAAUGUGGGGACUACUUACUGUACAAAAAGCAUCUGAAACUUUAGCUCCUCGAAAAGAAAAAUGUCUUUGACGAAAAACUACAGAAACUAGACAUCAUGGUACCAUAUAACCCAAGUGAGAAUAAUUUCGAGAAAAGUGCAGAGAUCCGAAAAAAAUUACCUCAGAAAAGCCUUGUUUGAAUACUGACAGAGAAUUUCUCGUUAAAAUCGUCGAAAAAUGGCUAAACAAAGACUUAAACUUAUAUACAGUGAUGUUUGCCCGUCAGGAAAGCUUUCGUGUCUCCGGGAAAUUAUGACAAGUUCCUUUCAAUUGUCAUUGCCGAGAACGACAGUUGAUAAAAUAGGUUCAAAAGAACAAAUAAAAUUCACCAAUGGAAGAGAACGCAUUUUGAAAUCAUUAAGUAAAAGUCCACCUAUCCUUGAAAUUGAGAAUUUCUUCACGGAGGAAGAAUGUGAACUUGUAAUUGAUUUAGCCAAGGCAAAAGGAAUGGUGAAAAUCCACGUAAACACUAACAUCGCCACUAUGUUUAAAGAUGAAAUUCAAGAAACUUUCAACAUGUGGAAUUUAAAUGGCGACGAGUAUGUUGACGCAAAUGAGGUUGCCUACGUCUACGGAAAAGCCGCAAUGUUUUUAAGUAAGCAGAAAACUCUGGAAAUGCUGAAAGAAACAAAAAUUGACAGAAAUAAUGACGGAAAACUUGACAUUAACGAAUUUAAAAGCAUUGACAAAGAAGCCAUUGACGUGUUCUUCGAGAAACACAAGAAAGAAACGAGCUCGUCUGUUCUCAAUAAAACAUUUACCCGACAAACAUGGCUUUGGCACGACGAAGAUGAGCUGCUCGCGUAUGAAGAUCUAUUUGAUGAUUACCACGAAAGAAUUCAAUUGUUGACAAGAUUGCCGAAGAAAAUUAUUGAGAACAGUGAACCAAUGCAGGUCGUCAAUUAUGAACAUAAUGGCUACCAUCACUGUCAUCACGACACACAUAGUUUUUCAAAAGAGUUGCCAUGUUGUCAAUAUGGAUCAUCAAAUUGCAGGAUUUGCAGAUACUUAACUAUAAUGGUUUAUUUGAAUGAUGACUACGAAGGUGGCGAAAAAUGCUUUCCAUUUGCUGAUAACGACACAUUUUCUCAAAAGGAUUUACCAAGAGAAUUUCUAAAGAAGUGCAAUUUUGAAAAAAAUUGCAACACUUGUAACGUUCUUGUGAAACCAAAGCGCGGCAAAGCGGUCAUAUGGUAUAACCACCUACUUCACAGUAACUCUGCAUGGUUGGGCGCUUUGGACGCAAAUUCCGGCCAUGGAGAUUGCCGUUCAAAAGGUGACAAGUGGAUUGCAAACAUUUGGAUAAAUAUUAUCGGUGAUGGUAAAUACGAACUUCGCUCAUGGAAAAGUGGAACAAAUUGGAUAAAACCAGGGAAUAAAUUUGCCGACAUCUAUUCAAUCUUAGGAAAUCCUGAUUUAAAAACUGAACAACAUGAAAGGAACUUGAUUGAAAUAAAUUUCAUCAAAGGCCCAGAUACCAAUACCAACUUUGGUGAUUCAAGGCAGCAAUUUUACAGACCAGGAAUUGAUGUAGAAACUGAGGAUGAGAAGAAUUACAAACAUAGUAAUGUAUUGAAAUCUAUAAUAUUGUUGUUGGAUGAACUAAGCAACAAAGAACAAAACAUUUUAAAGCAACUGUUACAAAACAGAUUAGAUGAGAUCCUUAAAUGAGAUGCAAAAUUAAAUGGUUAAAAAAUACAUGGGUAGUAAUGAUGAGAUAAAUCCUCAGUUAUAUACGGAAUAUGGAAAAAUACAUCAACAAAUUGUUUCUAUGUAGUGGCACCUCAUGCAAUUAAAUAGCAAAUGAAGCAAUUCCAUUAUUAGAAGAUAAAAUUUAGAAUCAACAACAUUAAAUAUUAAUGCAUCUAAGAAAUGCACAAUAACUGUAUAAAUCCUGUUUAUAAAUCCUUGUUUAUAAAUACAGUUAGAAAUUGUUUGAAUCCAAAAA